AUGCCUCCAAAUGGCUUCUUCAACAUGAGUACAAGCAUGGAAGUCAUCACAGCCAUCGCCACCUCCGGCCAUGAUAUCAACGCUGUCCGACAGGCAGUGAUCAUGUACAUUGUGGCCAAAAAGAAAAAAGGUUAUUCUGAACAAUACAUACACGAAAAAUUAGAAAAGUUAGAGCUCAAGUUCAUGCACAUAGAGGCAUUACAUCCCGCUUGGAGAGACGCUCGAGCGUUAUUCCAGCUUCGCAAAUCUGAUUACAUCCCCAUGCCCAUGUCCAUUGUUCGCGAGCGUGAAAACGAGGAGCGUCGCCAAUUGGAGAGGGAGUCGUCUUCAAUGGCACUAUCGAGUCCAGUUGCUUCUUCCGCAUCAACUUACACGUCGUCUUCAGCAUCCAUGUACACGUCGUCUUCGGCAUCCACUUAUACAUCGUCUUCGGCAUCCACUUACACAUCGUCUUCGGCAUCCACUCACACGUUGUCUUCAGCAUCAACUCGUCCUUCAUCAGUGCCGUCUAUUGCAUCAGUAAUAUCGACUCCCAGCUCGCCACCACCUCUAAGCUGGGAUGGUACAAGCAAACAAGAUGAACCAGGACAUCACUCCCCAUCUCAUGCUCAUCCAUCCCGCCGUGACACAGCAUUGUCCUUACUCUCCGAGUAUAGUGAUGACUCAGAGCCCGACGAACAAGUGUUCAUUCUGCCAUCAGGUAACCCGCAGAAUUAG